UAAACUUCAAAACGAACAUAAGAACUUGGUUUCCAACAUGGGGUGUUCAGGUUUUUUCUCAGCAGCAGUAAUGCUUAUCUUCUUCGUUGGCUGCUUCAUGGCGGUUCCUGAGGUUGUCGCUGCAAAUCAUGGCGGCGUCACCAGACACUAUAAAUUCAGAAUAAGGAUGAAGAAUAUCACUCGGUUAUGCCGUACUAAAAGCAUCGUUGCAGUUAAUGGGAAGUUCCCUGGGCCUCGUGUCGUUGCCAGAGAGGGAGACCGAUUGUUCGUUAAAGUGGUUAACCAUGUCCCUAACAAUAUUACCAUUCAUUGGCAUGGUAUUAGACAGCUUCGGAGUGGAUGGGCAGAUGGGCCGGCAUAUAUCACACAGUGUCCCAUUCAGACAGGCCAGUCUUACGUUUACAACUUCACCAUAACCGGGCAAAGAGGAACUCUCUUCUGGCAUGCUCACAUUUCAUGGCUCAGAGCCACUGUUUAUGGCCCACUCAUCAUCCUCCCAAGGCGCAACGAAUCUUACCCUUUUGUCAAACCCUACAAAGAAGUCCCCAUCUUGUUUGGUGAAUGGUUUAAUGCUGAUCCCGAAGCUGUUAUCAAUCAGUCUCUUCAAACAGGUGCUGGCCCCAAUGUCUCCGAUGCCUACACUCUCAAUGGCCUCCCUGGCCCAUUGUACAAUUGUUCCGCUAAAGAUACAUUUAAGCUGAAGGUAAAGCCUGGGAAAACAUAUAUGCUGAGGUUGAUCAAUGCUGCACUCAAUGAUGAACUAUUCUUCAGCAUUGCCAAUCACAGUUUCACAGUUGUGGAAGCUGAUGCUUCAUAUGUGAAGCCAUUCGAGACCGAUACAUUGGUGAUUGCACCCGGACAAACCACCAAUGUUCUUCUCAAAACCAAAUCUCCAGCUCCCAGUGCCACUUUCUUCAUGUUAGCCAGACCCUAUUUCACUGGCACGGGUACAAUUGACAAUACCACCGUUGCGGGCAUCCUUGAAUAUGAAAACCCUUCGAGUUCUUCAUUGAAAAACGUUCCUCUUCUUAAACCAGUCUUGCCUGCCAUCAAUGCUACAAAUGUCGUAGCCAAUUUCUCAAACAAAUUCAGGAGUUUAGCCACCACCAAGUUCCCUGCCAAUGUCCCACAAAAAGUAGAUAAAAAGUUCUUCUUCACAGUUAGUCUUGGAUCCAACCCUUGCCCCAAGAACCAAACCUGUCAAGGACCUAAUGGCACAAAAUUUGCAGCUUCAAUGAACAACGUCUCUUUCGCACUUCCAUCGACCGCACUUUUACAAUCCUACUUCUUUUCCAAAUCAAACGGGGUUUUCACCACUGAUUUCCCAGAUUUCCCUCUUCAUCCAUUCAACUACACUGGCACUCCACCAAACAACACCCAUGUCAUCAAUGGCACUACUAAAGUUGAAGUGAUACCAUUCAAUACGAGUGUCGAAGUAGUGUUGCAGGAAACCAGUAUCCUGGGUGCUGAGAGUCAUCCUCUCCAUCUCCAUGGCUAUAAUUUCUAUGUUGUUGGCCAAGGUUUCGGUAACUUUGAUCCUAAAAGUGACCCUCCAAAGUUUAACCUUGUUGAUCCUGUUGAAAGGAACACCGUUGGUGUCCCCUCCGGUGGUUGGGUCGCGAUCCGUUUUCAAGCAGACAAUCCCGGAGUUUGGCUGAUGCACUGUCACUUUGAUGUUCAUCUGAGCUGGGGCUUGAGGAUGGCAUGGAUAAUCUUGGAUGGAAAGCUCCCUAACCAGAAGUUGCCACCUCCGCCGUCCGAUCUUCCCAAGUGUUAACUUUUGUCACUUUAACCGGAACCUGAAGCAUCAUCAAUCUUGCCACGAUGCACAAUAUACAUAUAUAAUCGUUUUGUUGGCGUCUGAAGAGUAUCCUAAAGCCAACAUUGACAUUGAACAUGGUUCUUUGCUAUCGUAGUAUCCAUCACCAAGACAAUGGUGGAGGUUUUGUACUUUGUAUCAACCCAGAGUUUCAAUGCAGUUGUUACGGCAAUAAUAAUAAUAAUAAAUCAAACUGU